AUGUCUCCGAAUUUUGGGUCCACUACAGCUAUAGAUGCAGGCAUUCCUAGUUAUAUAUUCGCAGAAAAGCUAGUUCGUAUUGAUAGUGCACUUUGGAGGUUAGCAAUUGAAGCAUCCAAUCGUGUUCUUGUUGACUAUGUAACCAAAUUAACAAAAGGUGGUCCACAGUCGGGCAUAACUAAACCUGUCAGAACACGAAUAUGGAAAGAAAUUACCGAUGUUUAUGAAAUAUUCCUUGUUGGAUACUGUGGACGAGAUCUUUCAUCAAAUUCUCUCUCGACAGUGGCGUUAGAGGCUGAUGAGUCCCUUGAGAUGACUAUCUUGGAAACUCUUGGUGACAUUGUCCUCAAAUUGCCAAUUGACACCCCUGUAGAUGUUGUGCAGCGACUGGUCUCCACGUUGGACCGUUGUGCAUCACGCACAUGCUCUUUACCUGUUGAGACUUUAGAGAUGAUGCCUCCACACUACAGCAGAUUUUCCUUGACCUGUUUGCAGAAGUUAUUUUCUUUGAGCAGUUAUUUUAAUGAAAUCAAUUGGAAUAUGACGAGAUUUGAAGUCAACAAAAUCUCAAUUAUGGUGCUUAUGACCAGAUGUGAAUACAUCUUGAGCUGGUUUCUGACUGAUGAAAAAGGCUUAGCAUUGGUCUUGAGAUUUAAACACAAUCCUGUGUGUUACUUCUUGAUGAACCAACUAGUGGAUUUGAUAGUGCCUCAGCUUUCUAUGUCAUUCAAGCAUUAA